AUGGUUUAUCCAGCACGCUUUCAGGCGCCACAAGCUAACGCGCUGCAUUUGUCCUACUCGCCGGGGCAUACGCCUUUGCCACAGAAGCCGCGCAUGAUAAUACAGCUGCCGUCCUGGAAGAGUAUACGACGCACGGCCGGCGAGAUCAGCGCCUCCGCCUGGGAGCUGGCCUUCCGCUUCGGCCAGAGCACGACAAUUCACGGCAUCAAUCGGUUGUUCAGCAGGAACGCCGGAAAGUAUGAACGCUGCGUCUGGUUCCUCACCGUUAUGCUCGCUCUACUCGGCGCCAUUUACGUUAGUCUCUUGCUCUCUGAUCGCUUCAGAGAAGGCCGAUUGGAGACAGUGGUGGAUAGCACGCGUUAUCCCAUUUACCACAUUAGCUUUCCGGUAGUGACGAUAUGCAAUAUGAAUCAACUGAAUUGGCAAAGGCUGGAAGAGGCCAAGCGUCGUUAUCUCGAGCCCAAUGUAACAUCGGAAAGUCAAGAACUUUUCGAGCGUGUUCUUGGCAGUUUUGAUAACAUAAAGUUUGCCGGCUUUGAAAGUUUUAUGAAAUUCAAAAACAUUUCUCUCGAUUCGUUGAAUUACAUCAAUUUUACUGAAGUAAUGAUUUUUAUGACUUGGCGUUGCGAGGAAUUCUUGAGUCAUUGUGUGUGGAAUCGUUUGACCAUGAACUGUUGUGACAUCUUCUCUUUGCGACGCAGCAAAAAUGGUCUCUGUUGGGCUUUCAACACUUUGGAAACGGAUGAGGGACGACAGCGCCAAAAAGUUGAUAAGCUGUGGCCUUGGCAUACAGGCGCCGCCAGUCCAGGUAGUGGACUCAUCGUACACGCACUUAUCAAUCCAAAGAAACACUGUCCAAGCAGCACCAACGAGAAGGGCGUAAAUGUUAUGAUUUCGGAGCCAAAUGUGUGGCAUAAGGAUCCAAUCAACAUACUGGAAAAUAUGCACGCAUUGGUGGAGGUAGAACCCGAAAUGUAUUUCCAUGACAAUAGUACUCGUCGAUUGAGUACUGAGUCGAGAGAGUGCAUUUUCAAUGACGAAACGAAAUCAAAGUAUUUUCGCACACUUCAUGGUUACGUUUAUAUGAUUGAAAAUUGCCAAUCAGAGUGCCAUCAACAGUACUUGGUGAAAUUUUGUAAUUGCACGUUGGAUUUGCUAUUUCCACCUGGACCCCAUCCCAGCUGUCAAGCGAAGAACCUGUUGUGUUUGGCGCAAAAUAACGAUCGCUUUGUAUACUCUCGCCGCGAGGAGGAAGAAUUAUAUGUGCGCAACUAUCACGAAAGCAUGGUUUGUGAGUGUUACCGCAAUUGUCACUCGCUCAGCUAUAUGACGGAUGAACGUUCAACAUCUAUAUCGGAGGAAACGCGCGGCAAUCACUCAAUUGUCGUCUUAGAUAUACAUUUUCGUUUCCAAACAAUCAUGGUUUUUCGCACGGGUUUAGUCUUCGGUUGGGUGGACUUAAUAGUUGCUUUUGGUGGACUUGCUGGUCUCUUUCUCGGUUGCUCGCUGAUUAGCACCAUGGAGUUGGCCUACUUUCUGCUUGUCGAUCUGCCCACGUUUGUGCUGCAAGAAUACCGCAAAAAUAAGGGUAAAAUACAAAUUCAACAACGUGCGAGCGUUAGGCCCUUGCAACAACUGUACAAAAACAAAAUUAGUAAUUUGAAGCCACAAUUCAAUAUGAAAGGCCAACUAAUUCAACCACAAAGCUAUGAAAGACUUUACAAUAAUAUCAAAAUUAGACGGAGGCCGCCGCUUAUUACAGACUGGCAGGCGCCACAAAUCGCCAAAAUACACCACUGGAGCAGCAAAAAUAACAAAUAA